AUGGCGGACGAAGCAUACUCUUGGGAAACUGACUUUCAGUGGCGUUCACGCAGAAAUUUUAUAGAAACUUGGAGAGAUGAAUAUCCAGAAGAUAGGCUUGCCUCACUUGCGAUGUGCUGGUCGAAUAUGAAAUUCUUUGGUUGUCGAUAUCCUGAAAAAGUCGAAAGUCUUGUCAAUGAAAUGGAAUCGAAAUGCCCGCCGGUGCCUAAGCCUGAGAAAAGACCACCAAAAAGAUCUAUUAUUAUCGAAAACUUUUCUGUAUAUGAGCCUUCUGAUCAGGUUCAAAACUUGAACCCAAUCAGCAUAUUGACUGAAAGUGCACAAAAAUCGAAAAAGACUAUUAAUUUCCAAGAAUUGCAGUCCACAAAUCUGUUUACCUGUGCUGUGAUUAUUCAAGAUAAACUAGUAGCCACGGGCGAAGCAUCAAACAAGAAGGAUGCUAAGAGAAAUGCUGCCGAGAACGCGCUUGAUGUGUUAAAAGCCUGUCAGCCCGUUGUCAAGAAAAGAAAAAUCGAUCACGAUGCCGCCACUAAAGUCACAAAAACAGAGCUGACUAUGAAGGCAUACGAGGAAGCAUCAGUUAUCCCAGAGUCAAACUUGGGCAACCAGCUCUUACGUAAGAUGGGCUGGAAAGGCUCAGGCGGAAUAGGUAAAGAAGGCCAAGGUAGAGCAGAACCUGUCAUGGUGACUGGAGUGGAUGGUAAACAAGGGCUAGGUGUCAAUCAAGACACAGCAUUACACAAGGGCUCAGUUCAUAAAGUCAUCCUGGAUUUCAUCAAUUCCAGUGACCAAGACAUGAAAUUCUCCCCUGAACUAUCUAAAGAAGACCGAGCAUUAGUACAUCAACUGUCAAAAAGAUAUGGACUUCGGCACCAGUCAUAUGGCAAAUAUGCAGAGAGAUACUUAGUCAUUAGUAAAAACCUUUAUGAAUGUGAAAAAUGACGUGAAAUGCAGGCAUUCUAGUCUUACAACAAGAGUUAAGAGGUAUAUAAAAAUGUACUGAUUUAAAUAAGACUGUGCUUAUGUA